AUGUCUUCUGGUACGCUCAUCUUCUUUGUGGCUGCACUGGUCACAGUUUUCUUUUACAACCGUCGACGCAGUAGAUUGCCACUACCCCCUGGACCAUGUCCAAAGUUCUUUACCGGAAAUGUUCAUCAACUGCCGAAGAAAGAGCCUUGGCUGGUGUAUGCCAAGUGGGCUGAAACCUAUGGGCCCAUAUUCUCAUUCCGCGUGCCUAACCGGCAGUUCAUAGUGCUCAGCUCCCUACAAUCUGCUACUGAAUUGCUCGAUUCACGCGCCACCAUAUAUUCUGAUCGUCCAAAAAUAUGGAUGCAGAAAGAACUUGCGAAACGCACCCUGACCCCAUUCGGCAUAUCUUUCAUUCAUCCGUAUUUCAAGAUGUACCGCACAACCCUCAAGGCCAGUCUGAGUCCCCGCACUAUACAAAGCUACCAAUCGCUGCAAACCGAACAAUCUCGUGUGCUGCUUGAUGCUCUGCACAAGAACCCUGAACAUUUCGCCCAGCACAUCAAAAGGAACGCAGCGGCUGUCGUCCUCAAUCUCGCGUAUGGUUGGAAGGUCACCGAGAAUAACGAUCAUUUUAUCAGUAUCCUACAAGAAAGCAUGGCACUGAGCGCUAUACUAGCUGAGCCUGGACGUUGGUUGGUCGAAGCGAUACCAUCAUUGCGUUUCCUACCUUCAUGGUUUCCAGGGGCAGGUUUCAAGCGUGUAGCCCGCGACAUCGGGCAAAACUUAACUAGGCUUGAGACAAUACCAUUUAACUGGGCCAAACAACAGAUACAAAGCGGCAACUACACGCAUUCCUUUGUUUCGGAGCAGCUCCUUCCGGAAGAUGGGUCUACGGUUAGCGCUCAACAAGAAGAGAUCACCAAGUGGUGCAGUCAAGGGAUUUAUGGAGGAGGAUUAGACACCACAUCAUCCACUUUGACGUCUUUUAUCCUGGCGAUGGUGCUUUAUCCAGACGUGCAGAAGCGUGCGCAGGCAGAGAUCGAUGCCAUCGUGGGUCAGGACCGAUUUUCCGCGUUUGAGGACAGAGAAAAGCUUCCAUAUAUUGGAGCGCUCAUGCAAGAGCUCCUCCGCUGGGCACCUGUGGCUCCGCAAGGGAUUCCGCAUCAUGCGAUGAAGGAAGAUGUCUACGAAGGGUAUCGCAUACCCAAGGGUACAACCGUCAUCGCGAACAUUCUUUCCAUGUCACGGGAUAAGACAAUGUACCCUGACCCAUUGGAAUUCAGGCCCGAGCGCUUCCUCGGUCCCUCUCCCCAAUUAGACCCACGCAAAUUUAUCUUUGGGUUCGGGCGCCGUAGAUGCCCUGGGUCACAUUUUGCCGAAGCGUCGCUGUACAUCAAUAUUUCUUGUAUCCUUGCUGCGUUCACGAUCGGCAUGCCGCUGGAUGCGAGAGGGAAAGAGAUCACACCUCCUGUAGAGUUCGAAAAUUCCGGUCCACUUUGGUUCCCUAAACCAUUCAAGUGCAGGUUCAUCCCAAGGAACAAGGAUUUACUGGCAACUCUCUCGCAAUGA